AGAAUCUUUUCGAUAAAGGCCUGAGUUCAUAUGAUUUAACUGAUGCCAUCUCAAACAUUUUGAGGAAAUAAUUACGUAACAGUGACGGAAUGCUUUGAAGAGUGACUCACUGGAGCGCUCCUUCACCAAAGAUAAAAGGCUCUAAUCUAGGUGAUCCUACAACAGAAGACAUUUUUUUCAUUCAAACCUGAGAGAGGGUGAUAUCAUAAUGGAUAUUUUUGGAGGGGCUCCCCGUGUUUUGGGCUACCCACGCCCUGUGGUGGCACAGUGUGGUACAGAUGCCACACUGAGGUGCCAAAUCGAUGGGGACCCUCGUCCUGAUGUCAUCUGGGAGCGUAAAAAUGUCCAGAUCUUGUCUGAAGGACACUACAAGCUCUCUGAGGAGGGAAAAGCUUACCUGCUGACCAUUACUGGAGUGACCCCGCAGGAUGCUGGCCAGUAUAUUUGCAAGGCCAAAAAUAGCAUAGGUGAAACCUAUGCAGCAGCCUCCCUCAAAGUGGAAGGAGAGGCCCAGCCACAGGAAGUGCAAAAUGGCGAAUGCAGGAAAGAAAAUGGAGAGGGGCCAAAUGGAGAGCUCAAGUGGAAUGGCAGGAAUAGUGAAAAACAAGAACAGGUUGAUUUAACGUCUGAUGAUGAACCUCGAUUCCUCAUCAAGCCACUCUCUCUACGCGUGGAUCGGGGAGAAGAUGCUGCAUUUUCCUGCAAAAUCUGGGGCACUCCUCUACCCGAGGUGACAUGGGAGAAAGACGGGAAGAAGCUUAACGACAUCUUCGAGAGUGCACACUUCAGUGUGAGCAAUCAAGAUGGCGGCUGGUUCCAGCUCAAGAUCUACAGGACGCGCAUGCCAGACAAAGGUGUCUACACCUGCAGGGCCACCAACAGCCAUGGUGAGGCCUUGGCAGGUGCAGUCCUUCUUGUUGAGCCUGUACCAGAGCGAGAGGAGAGUAAAAUGUCCUCAAAUGGUCAGACUAACAGCCAGUGGUCACCGAAGCACAGGGGCAGGAGGCUCAGUUUGUCGAGGGUUACAGAGGACGUUGCUGUCAACGCUUCAAAAGCCAAGAAGUUUGCAGUGGCAGAGGGGAAACACGCCAAGUUUCGCUGCUUUGUGACAGGGAAGCCCAAGCCAGAGAUCAUCUGGAAAAAAGAUGGGGUUCCCCUAGAGCCAGGGAGGCGCCAUCUGAUAUUUGAGGACAGAGAGGGUUACUACACACUGAAGGUUCUGUACUGUAAAGUGCAGGAUACAGGACUGUAUGUGUGUGCAGCAUCAAAUGCUCUUGGAAACACCCUCAGCGCUGUUCACCUGUCUGUCAAAGGCCCAGCUGUGCGGUUUAAGCGGCCAUUAAAAGACCUAGAGGUGAGGGAGAGGGAUGUUGCCGUGCUGGAAUGCGAGGUACCCGACGAGUCGAUCCCGUCUGCCUGGUACCUGGAGGACCAGCGGCUGAUGCCCAGCAGUAAAUAUGGGAUGGAGCAGAAAGGAACCAAACGAAGACUGACCAUCCAUGAUGUUGGGACAGACGACGAUGGAGUGUAUCUCUGUGAGAUGCCAGAUGGAGCAAAGAGCAUUGCGGAGCUAUCAGUUAAAGGUACUAUUGUUCGUAAACUCCCCCGGAAGCUGGAGGUCUUGGAGGGUGAGAACGCUGUGUUCUGCGUGGAGGUGGAGAGCGAUGACAUGGAGAUCCACUGGUUCAAAGACGGGUUUAAGCUACAUGAAACUCACCAGACGAUCCUGAAGUCUUUUGGCAAAACUCACAUUCUGGUCUUUGUCAACGUGGCCUAUCAAGACUCUGGGGUAGUGACGUUUGUCGCAGGAAGAUCCAAGACCUCAUCACGUCUCAAGGUCAAAGCUACAAGACACUGCCCUCCUAUCUGCCCUGUGGGAGUCAAAAUGGACAUGGAUCGACCCAACAGCGUCCUGCUCACCUGGGUUCCUGCCCCCAAUAGCCAGACCUCCACCCGAUCCGUCUUUGUUGUGGAGAGACAGGAAGUGGGCUCCCAAGAGUGGCAGAAGUGCUUCACCUCAGAGACCGCCAGUUCGGCUGAGGUUGCUGGAGACAGCGUGCAGUACGAAGGCGAUUACCGGUUUCGUGUCUGUUGCAUAAACAAGUAUGGGCGAAGCGGCCAUGUGGAGUUUCCCAAAGCUGUCCAUCUGGUUCCUGGACCAAAGAUUUGCAGUUGCCUUAAAGGUUGUGAAGUUGUGGAAGGAGAAGACGCCCACUUCUCCAUCGAAUUGUCUGCCACAAUGGUUGGAACCUGGUUUCUGAAUAGCGCUCAACUGCAGCAUGGUGGACGGUAUUCUAUACAACAGUCCCAAACAAAGCACUCAUUGGUUAUCCAUGAAACUCACACUACGGAGGACACAGCGGAGGUCACUUUCAUAGCCAAUGGAGUCCGGGAUUCAGCUGUGCUCAAGGUUAAACCUGCUGUGGUAAAAUUCAGUCCUCUGUCAGACUUAGACAGCAAUAAGAGGGUGGACAUUGGUGAUGCCAUUGUACUCUACUGUGAAGUCUCCCAUCCCUUCGCAAAAGUAUCCUGGUUCAAAGAUGGCAAGGAGCUCCAAGUGGCCGAUAGCCUAAACAUCCAAUCAGAUGGGAACAUGAGGAGGAUUGUGAUUCAAUCAGCUGAUGCAUCUCACGCUGGAGUUUAUUCAUGUGAAACUUUAGGAGAUGUCAUCAAAUUCAAUGUGGACAUUGCAGGUCCUCCUGUGGAGUUCAGUCCGGUUCCGGAGGAGGAGCUUCAUAAGAGCAGCAUGGAGCUGGACCCCGUUGUGCUGCUCUGCCAUGUCUCCAGAGACGAUGCUGAAGUUGUGUGGUAUAAGGACGACUGUCAAAUCCAGCCCAGUGAGAACAUCACUCUGCAGGCAGAGGGAACCAUGAGGAGGCUAAUCAUCCGCUCUGCAGAAACCUCAGAUGCUGGCAGCUACAUCUGUCAGGCAGGAAACAACAGCAUGAAGUUCACUGUUGAUGUCAGAGAGCCUCCAGUGAUGAUUGUGGAACCUAAGGAGGAUAUUGUGAUGGAGAGCUAUAUCUCAGAGGAGAUUCACCUGCAGUGCGAGUUGUCUCGUUCCACUGGGAAGGUGCGGUGGUUCAAGGAUGGCCAAGUGGUAGAGGAAAGCGACAAUGUCCAACUGAUAACUGAGGGUCCUUACAGGAGGCUGACCGUCCUCAACAGCUCAGUGGAGGAUGGCGGAGAAUAUGUGUGCGAAACAGACGGAGACUCUGUCUUUUUCCAGCUCACUGUCAAGGAGCCAGCAGUAAGAAUCAUUUCCCCCAGUGAAUCAGAACUGGAACUGACUUAUUUGGCUUCUGAGAGGAUGGAGCUCAGCUGUGAGAUCUCCCAGGCAGACGCCCCUGUCCGCUGGUACAGAGACAACUUGGAAGUUGAGGAGGGUCCAAACUUGAUCCUGGAGGUGGAUGGGGCCCAACGCCGGCUGGUUAUACCCAUAACCACUGUGGACGAUACAGGGGAGUAUGUAUGUGACACUGAAGAUGACUCUGUGGCUUUCCUUGUGACUGUUACAGAGCCACCAGUGACGCUUACUCGUCCCCAAAACAUGCCUGACAAACUGGAGAGUUUUGCUGGCAAACCAAUCGUGUUGGAGAUCGAGGUGUCCCGGCCAAGCGCUGAAGUCAGGUGGUGGCUAAAUGGCAGAGAAAUAGAGGAGAGCAGUAAUGUCACCCUCACAGAGGAUGGGCUCCUCCAUCGUCUGACCAUCCACUCUCCCACCCCAGAGGAUUCUGGGAAAUACACCUGUGAUGCUGUUGAUGCCAAACUUGAUUUCCAGGUCAAAGUUUCAGAGCCUCCGGUGAAGAUCCUAAGAAAGGCAGAGAUUAAGACAAAUCUUAAAUCCCUGAUUUCGGAUGACAUUGUGCUGGAGUGUGAGCUCUCCAGGGCCAAUGCUGUCGCCAAAUGGUACAAGGACAACUGUCGUGUUGAGGUCGAUGAAAGGUACUGCGAAGAGGAGGAAGGCACUUUCCGUUCGUUGGUCAUUCUCAACGCUGAACUUGGAGACUCAGGAGAGUACUUCCUGGAUGUUGGAGAUGACAAUAUCAGCUUCCAGGUUAUGGUAGAAGAGCCUCCAGUGACAAUUGUGGGCAACUCAAAUGACAUUGACUACCAGGACAUGUUGGCAGGAGAGGACCUGAUUCUGGCCUGUGAAGUGUCCCGUGUCAAUGCCCCUGUCCAGUGGUACUGCAAUGACAGGCUGCUUACCAGUGAUUCACGUACCUACAUUGAAAGCUACGGCACCCUGAGGAAAAUUAUCAUCUCAAAUGUCCAACCCUCAGAUUCUGGGAAAUAUGUGUGUGAUGCCGUGGAUGACAAGAUGAUCAGCGUUGUCAAGAUUCAAGUGCCUCGAGUGGUGGAGUUCCUUACAGAGCUCCACAACACCACUGUGCUUGAAGGAGAAGAUGCCACCUUCAAGUGUGUGGUUUCCCCUGAAGAUGUCCAGUUGGUGUGGCUAAUGGACAAUGAGGCCAUCACCCUGGGCGAUCGUUUUCAGGCAAACCGGAACGGCUUAUGCCACACCCUGGUGAUCAAGAAGUGCCAGAUGUUGGACUGUUCGAAGAUUACAGCAGAGGCUGAGGGACAAAUAAGCAAAGCCAGCCUCAAAGUUCAGGAGGCUCAAGUCAUGUUUACUAAGAAAAUGGAGGCCGUCAUGGCAGAAGAGUUCGGCGAGGCCACUUUGGAGACAGAGAUCAGCCUUGAGACAGGAGAGGUUCAGUGGAUGAGGCAAGGGGUGGUCAUCCAGCCCGGUCCUCGACACACGCUGGCCCAGAAUGGCUGUACACGCAGCCUGACCAUCCAAAACCUGACACUGUCAGACCGGGGAACAUAUCGCUGCGAGACUCUGCAUGACCGGACUCAGGUCAAGCUCAAUGUAGAACCCCGCAAAAUCUCCAUCCCUAAGGGCCUCACUGACCAAGAAACCUUUGAACGAGAGACUGCCUCUUUCGAAGUGGAGCUCUCCCACACAGAUGUGGAGGGAAUUUGGCAGAAAGAUGGCAUCAGGGUGAAACCAAAUAAUCAGUGGCGAGUGAGCACCAAUGGGCGAGUCCACAGCCUCACCUUGUCCAACCUCACCCUCGAGGACACAGGCACGAUAGUAUUCUCAGCUGAAGGGGUGCGCACCACUGCCAGGCUUACUAUCAAAGAGACUCCGGUGUCUAUCCUGAGAGCUCUCACUGAUGUCCGAGUGGAGGAGGAAUUUCCCGCCACUUUGGAGUGUGAAUUCUCCAGACAAAUCAUUGAAGUCAGAUGGCUUAAGAACGGGAAGGAGCUCAAGCCGGGGAAGAACUGUCGGAUCUACUCCAUGGGCAGGAAGCGGUUCUGUCAGAUCAUGCAGUGCUCCCAGGCUGAUUCUGGGACCUACACAUGUGACACAGGGGAAAUAAGCACUUCCUGUUCACUGGAGGUUUAUGAGCAUAAGUUGGAGAUAGUGCAGGAUCUGGAGGACCUUUACAUUCAGGAGGACCAGAAUGCUGUCUUCAUGUGUGAAGUGUCUCUGGAGGAUGUUACCGGAGAGUGGUACAAAGACGGCCACAAGAUCCGGCCCACUAGCACCAUCAAGAUCCGCACUGAAGGGACCAAACACUUUCUACUGAUGUGUAACGUCAAAGCUGAAGAUGCUGGGGAAAUCCGCUUUGUAUCCAGGGAUGUUGAAUCUACAGCAUAUCUUGAAGUAGAAGAGCUCCCUGUUUCCAUUGUAAAACCCCUUCGAGAUCGGACAGCCCUGGAGAAACACCGCGUGAUCCUCGAAUGCACGGUUUCGUCGCCUCGCUGCAGCGCCACCUGGUACAAGGGCAGGGAGGAGCUGGUUCCCUCAGAUCGAGUGGAGAUGUUGGCUGACGGCUGCUCCUUGAAACUAGUGAUCCAGCAGGUGGCUAUGGAGGAUGAGGGCACCUACAGCAUUGAGGUUGGGGAGCACACAUCCAAAGCCAAACUGAUGGUGGAAGCCCAAGCCCUUGUAAUGGUCAAAGAGCUAGAGGACGAGGAGGUAACUGAGCCUGAGCCUGCAUCUUUCCAGUGUGAGGUGUCCGUCGCCAUAAACAAGCCUCCUGUUUGGACUCUGAAUGGAGAGACCCUUCAGCCAGGACCCUCUGUCCGCCUGGAAAACCACGGGACGGUCCACAAACUCAUCCUGAAAAACACCAGUGUGGACAUGAGUGGGGCUGUAAAGUUUACCAUGGGCAAGGCCAAGAGCAGUGCCACACUCAGUGUAAAGGAGAGAAAGUGACUCUGAGAGAAAGAAAGAAGAGACUGACUGCAAAAACAGGACUCGCUCAGAUCACCUGAAACUUUUCAACAUCCAUUUGUUAUGCCUGGAUGGCCUGUAUUUCCCUGAGCUCAGUUUAUUUCAAAUUGAGGGUAUUCAGUGAAAUUAGACUAAGCAUUUUAAAUCUGAGGCAUGUUACUACAGUCAAGUUUUUCUUUUUUUACAGUGUGGAUGAUAUUUGAUUAAGAUUUAUAAUUGACUUUGCAUUCUCAUUCAUAUUCUCAUUCUG